ACCUCCCUCUUCUUCUUUCAUCUCUGGUUGGUUUCUGUCUUAACACUCUCUCGGCUUUCAUAAUAUUUCAUCACUCUCUCCUGGGUUCUCUCUCUCAUUCCCGACAUGGGAGAACAAGCUCAUCAUCAUCCUCAGGAACUGCAGCUCCACAUCGCGGGUGAUCAAGAAGCCAAAGAAGAGAACUCAUCCCACCCGAUAAGCACCAUCACCAAUAAUCAGGCAACACUAGCCCCUAAACCCAUGAACUUCAGGCGGUGGAUUAGAGUGGCUCUUUACUCACUCUUUGUGCUCUCUGGCCAAUCGGUGGCCACACUCCUUGGGAGGCUCUACUACAACAAAGGAGGCCACAGCAAGUGGCUUGCCACACUUGUCCAGCUUGUGGGCUUCCCAAUCCUCCUCCUCCUCUACUUCAUCCCCACACCCAAACAACCAAGUGACCCUAAUAACCCACACAUCCAAACAGAUGCACAAGCUCCGUCUCAAUCACAAUCACCCCCUCUCAAGAGCCUUGCCCUUGUGUACCUCUCUCUAGGGACAACUGUGGCCUUAAAUUGCUAUUUAUACUCAAUUGGUCUCUUGUACCUUCCUGUCUCCACCUACUCCCUCAUUUGCUCCUCCCAAUUGGCCUUCAAUGCCUUCUUCUCCUUCUUCUUAAAUUCCCAAAAGUUCACCCCCUACAUCACCAACUCUCUAUUCCUCCUGACAAUCUCCUCAACCCUCCUUGUGUUCCAAUCAAAUUCAGACGACCCCAAGGGGGCCUCCGGAGGGAAAUAUGCACUAGGGUUUGUGUGCACCAUCGGGGCAUCAGCGGGUUAUGGGCUUCUCCUAUCCUUGACCCAACUUUGCUUUAGGAGGGUCAUAAGGAAGGAGACGUUUAGGGCAGUUUUGGACAUGAUUGUUUACCAAUCUUUAGUGUCUAGUGUGAUUAUUUUGGUGGGACUUUUCGUGAGUGGUGAGUGGGAGCAUUUGGGGAGAGAGAUGGAUGGUUUUGAGCUUGGGAAGGUGAGGUAUGUGAUGAACUUGGUCUGGACGGCAAUCGCUUGGCAAGUGUUUAUGAUCGGCAUGGUCGGGUUGAUUUUCGAAGUGUCAUCUUUGUUCUCGAACUCGAUUAGUGCAGUGGGGUUGCCGAUUGUGCCCAUUCUAGCUGUCGCGUUCUUUGGGGAGAGGAUGGAAGGCGUCAAGGUGAUUGCUAUGAUCUUGGCCGUUUGGGGUUUCAUUUCUUAUGCGUACCAACAUUAUUUGGAGGAUGCCCAGCCGAAGGCUCAAAGGAAGAUUAUUGGUGGGGAUGAGGUCAGUGUGAGAUCGCCGCUUAAUGCUCCAAUUGCAAGAGUUGGUGGAUGAUUAAAGAUGGUGGAAUGUUCUAGUUUGUGUUUAGCCAAGUUCAAUCAGAGUGCGAGGUGAUUUAUUGCUGCAACCAUUUGGAGGAAAAGAAGAAGGAACGGAAUAAGAAGAUUGACGACAAUGUUGUUAUUAUUUAAUUUCUACGCUGUAUUUAGUACAAGAAAGGGCAACUUGUCUUUAGUACCCACUUCACAAUCUCAUUAUGCAAGUUGGGUACUUGUAUGAUAUUUGACUAAUGAUGCAAAUUAAUGGUGUAUAGUGGGAUUAUAUUAUUAUACAUGAGACAGAAGAGAUACUCAAAUUGCUUCA